AUGAGUCUAUCUACGUGGCUCAGAGUCUUAUGUAUAUUUUCCGUUGACUUCCGAGGCAAGCCAUCCGUCAGGUCCUCUUCCGGGGGCUGGAGAUCCUCUGGCUUCAUCAUUGGAGCGGAAGUGUCGGAGAAGUUCGCCUACUUUGGAGUAGCCUCGAAUCUGAUAACCUACUUCACGGCGCAGUUAGGGGAGUCAACGGCGGCUGCAGCCUCAAACGUCAACCUCUGGCUCGGGACGGCAGCUUUCUUGCCACUGAUCUGGGGCUCUAUAGCGGACUCAUUUCUUGGUCGUUUCCGUACCAUCCUCUUCACGUCCUCUCUCUAUAUCUUGGGACUUGGGCUGCUUACGUUUUCAGCAACGAUUCCGUCUGCAUGCAAAGAUCAAGAAACACUUGUCUCGUGCGUUUCUCAGUUUAAAGUGACAGUAUUCUUUUGUGCUCUCUAUCUGAUAGCACUAGGCGAAGGAGGCUUCAAGGCAUGUCUUAGAGCUUUCGGAGCAGAUCAGUUUGAUGAACAAGACCCUAUAGAGUCCAAAGCCAAGAGCUCAUUCUUUAACUGGUUGUAUUUUGCGAUAUCAUUUGGCAUAUUGGCCACUAGGUUGGUCUCUAAUUAUGUCCAAGAGAAUCUGAGUUGGGCUUUAGGGUUUGGGAUUCCAUGUGUUUCCAUGAUGAUUUCUCUAUUCUUCUUUUUACUUGGGACCAACACUUAUCGCUUCAGCACUGGAGGAGAAGUAAGACAAGGACGAAAGCAUAAUAACCCUUUUGUAAGAAUUGGCCGUGUUUUUGUUGCUGCUGCGAAAAAUCGACGAGAGACUUCGUCAGAAACCCUUCUCCUUCUUCCUCACGAAGGUUCGAAGCAAUACAGGUAAUAUUUUAUUUACGUGUUUGGUUGUUAGUCAGUACGUUAUAUGUGGUUUUGCUUCUUUCCAAAAUGAAAAU